CUUAGAUUUUGUUUUUAUUAAAAUGCGUUAAUCACUCCAACCUUACUUCUAAGCAACAUCAAACAAAGCCAAAAUGCACAAGUUUAGGGAUAACUUAUCUCCAUUAAACUAUUAUAAAUUUGAAGCUUAUAUUUCAGUCAAGCCUCAUAUGUUUGGUGGAAAAAGUUCCCAUUUUUCUUUUUUUUUUUUUCCUUUCUCAUAUAUCUUACUAGUCUAGCAUACAGGGAGAAUCUCUACAGCCAUGGAUAAAGCUUAUAACUUUAAUCAUAAUCUUAAUCUUAUUAAUGGAGUACUAAUCGUGAUUAAUGUUGUAUUCCUCUGUUUUACUGUUUCUGAAGCUGCCCCUCAAAGUGCUCUUAUUAGUCAACUUCCUGGAUUCUCUGGAACUUUUCCCUCCAAACACUAUUCUGGGUAUGUGACAAUUGAUGAGAGUCAUGGGAAGAAAUUGUUCUACUAUUUUGUUCAAUCAGAGAGAAAUCCAUCACAAGAUCCUGUUGUGCUUUGGCUUAAUGGAGGACCAGGAUGCUCCAGUUUUGAUGGCUUUGUCUAUGAGCAUGGUCCUUUUAAUUUUGAGGCAGCAAAGACAAAGGGUGGCUUACCAAAGUUGCAUCUUAAUCCAUACAGUUGGUCCAAGGUAUCGAAUGUAAUAUACUUGGAUUCCCCAUCAGGAGUUGGAUAUUCUUACUCACAGAAUACAAGUGACUACAAUACUGGGGAUAUCAAGACUGCCUCUGAUACUCACACAUUCUUGCUCAAGUGGUUUGAGAUCUAUAAGGAGUUCGUUUCGAACCCAUUUUUUAUCGCGGGUGAAUCAUAUGCUGGGAUUUAUGUACCAACCCUUGCUGCCGAAGUUGUUAAAGGACUUGAUGCUGGUUUGAAGCCUGCUAUCAAUUUGAAGGGCUAUUUGGUAGGAAACGGAGUUACAGACGAAACGUUUGAUGGGAACGCUUUGGUACCUUUUGCUCAUGGGAUGGGCUUGAUCUCAGAUGACCUAUACCAGGCGGCUGUGACAGCAUGUGCAGGAAAUUACUACAACCCAACCUCUGAAGGUUGUGAUGCCUUGAUCUCGAAAGUUAAUCAGGAUGUUGAUGGACUAAAUAUAUAUGACAUUUUGGAGCCAUGCUACCAUUCCCCUGAUUCUAGUAACCAGAACACUGCUAAUCUAAGACUGCCCUCGAGCUUUACGACACUAGGACAAUCCGACAAGCCUCUUCCUGUGCGGAAAAGAAUAUUUGGUCGUGCUUGGCCUCUUAGAGCUCCUGUCCGGGAAGGGAGGGUUCCUUCUUGGCCCGAAAUUUCUAACAGUCUGUCUGUUCCUUGCAUUAAUGAUGAAGUUGCAACUGCUUGGUUGAAUGAUAAGGGAGUGAGAAAAGCACUUCAUGCUGAUGAUGAAAGUGUGGCUGGUCCUUGGGAACUUUGCACAGGCAGAGUAGGGUACAAUCAUGAUGCUGGAAGUAUGAUCAUAUACCAUAAGAAUCUCACUUCUCGGGGCUAUCGAGUUCUCAUAUACAGUGGUGACCAUGAUAUGUGUGUGCCAUUCACUGGGAGUGAAGCUUGGACAAAAUCUGUUGGGUACAAAGUUGUGGAUGAAUGGAGGCCAUGGACUUGUAAUGAUCAAGUUGCUGGGUUUACACAGGGCUAUGAGAAGAAUUUGACUUUCCUUACAAUAAAGGGAGCAGGACACACAGUGCCAGAAUACAAGCCAAGAGAAGCACUAUUUUUUUAUACCCAAUUUUUAGCAGGGCAAAGCAUAUGAAGAUUGCAUGUUAUUUAAUGAGAGUGAAUAUUUAUUCGAUCAUCUGAUUAAUAAUAACAUACAUACAUAGGAUACAAUUGGAAAGAAAUAUAGACUGAUAUGGACUUAAUCCGUACCAAUCGUAGCCUUAGGGAGUAUUGGUUUUAAAGUGUGAGUUAGUAGAGGAAAGUGAAAAGUUAAAAAGUAUUAUGUACUAAUUUUAUAUUAGACUUAUUAUUUAAAUGGUUUGUCCU